AUGGCUGCCGUGACCAGCACCGCCUCCCUCUGCCCGGCCGCAGCCGGCGGCCUCUCUUCGUCGUCGCCGUUCACGCGCAAGCCCAGCAGCAAGAGGCUGCAGCAGGCAGCAUCAACGGUCCGCCACUGCCGCCCUGCACGGGUGGAAGGGCUGGACCGGAGGGACGCCUUGCUGGGCAUCGUCCUCUCCACCGCGGUGGCGCCGCUGCUCGCCCCUGCCGGUGCUCUAGCGGACGAGGCCACCACCGAGUCGCAGGAGGGCUUCACUACCUACGAGGAUGAGGCCAACAAGUUCAGCAUUCAAGUUCCACAAGGCUGGCUGGUCGGCGCCGGCGAGGCCAGCGGCAUCAAGUCCGUCACGGCGUUCUACCCCGAGCAGGCCGCCGCCGAUUCCAACGUCAGCGUCGCCAUCACCGGGAUCGGGCCGGACUUCACCAGCCUCAAGUCCUUCGGCGACGUCGACGCCUUCGCCGAGGGCCUGGUGAACGGCCUGGACAGGAGCUGGCAGAGGCCGCCGGGGCUCGCCGCCAAGCUCGUCGACUCCAGGGCAGCAAACGGCCUGUACUACCUGGAGUACACGCUGCAGAACCCCGGCGAGCGGCGGCGGCACAUCGUCUCGGCCAUCGGGAUGGCGUUCAACGGCUGGUACAACCGCCUCUACACGGUGACAGGCCAGUACAUCGACGACGAUGAUUCGGAGAAGUACAGGCCACAGAUAGAGAAGGCUGUCCGAUCGUUCAGGCUCACAUGA